GGGGUCGCACUGUGCAGGAUGUGAGGCAGAUGUUGUGAUCUUGCACGCAUCUCAUCAGGGAUGGACAAGCGGCUCGCUCUGCUGUACUUUCCUCUUCAACAUACAAAUUACAGCAUUACUUAAAAAUAAGAAGUGUACGUUACCUAAAACACGGCACUAAAAAAAAAUAGUUUGAAAGCCAUAAGUAUGGCCUUGGAAAGGAUAACACAAAAGGACUGGUACAAAAUCCUGGGUGCAAAGCCAUCAGACAGUCCAGGAGAACUAAAACGGAAGUACCAGAGACUUGCUUUGUUAUAUCAUCCAGACAAACAGCAGGCAGAUGUGCCAGCAGGAGAAAUGGAGGAGCGUGUGCAGAGGUUCAUCGAAAUUGAUCAAGCGUGGAAAAUUCUAGGGAACGAAGAGACAAAAAAAGAGUAUGACCUGCAGCAGCGUGAAGAUAAUCUGACAAAAGAAUGGCCACUACAUGCACAGGUUUAUCUUGAGGAUAUGUCCUGGAAUGAAGAUGAACGAUGUUACACUCUUUCAUGCCGAUGUGGUGGGAAUUAUGCAGUCUCCGAGAGUGAAACCAAAGAUGUAUCUUUGGUUUGUUGUGACACAUGUUCACUUGUUAUUGAGAUCCUUCAAUGAUUGUUCCGUCAUGCACAUUGAGUUACGAACUUUAAAAAUGUUGGACAAACAGGACAGUAUCCUCUAAGGGAUGUAUGUUAAAGAAAAGGGGGAUGCUGCAAGAACAAGUUCAGGCAGGAAUUAAGAGAGGAAAUAUGCCUAUUUACUUAUUUAUUAACAUAACUCUGAGGAUAUGGUGCUUGUUGUUUUUUUUUUGCUUCUUUUUCAACUAAAGAUCAAUUUAUUAAAAAAGAACCAGAACGCUGUUUUGUAUAACUGGACUGUAUCUCAUGAUCUAAAUGACCUUUAUUUCCCAGCAACCAGCAAAGUAGCUUCUUUCAGUCUAUCGGCUGCAGGUUGGGCCCUACCUCUUAAGUUAAAUCCUUUUGAAGGCUCAGGUGACAAAAUUUAAUCAGGAGGCAUACAUAUGAGAAUGCUUUGAACAUAAUGAGUAAUAAAGCACAUUAAUGGGAAAAAGGAACGUUUUCUAUUUCUGUGCUAAAUAUUUUAGUCACCUUUAAAAUCUUUAAAGGACUAAGCCUUAGAAAGAGGUGACAGAGUUGCAGAUCUAGCAGGCACUGUACCACGUAGCAGGCACACUGCCGAUUCACUGUACUAUACAGUGCAUCUACAUUAACUUUUCAAUUUGGACCAGUAGUAUACUUUAGAAUUGACUUCAUCCAUCAUCUGAAUGAAUGCAGUCUUCAUUCCAUAGAUGAAAACUAACCAGGAUUGUGUGCUUUGAUCCCUGCUGGAAAUAUACCGGCUCAAACUAGUUGAAGAAAACCCUACAAACCACAUUUGGGUAAAUGGGCAGCAGAUCCUGAAGCCAGUUGUUACUCUUGUUUCAAUCCUAGUGUGCCACAAUACUUAUGAAGGUAGAUAUAACUUAAGUGUGUUUCUAGGUGUGUGAUAAUAGUGCAUUGCCACCUUCAUCCCUUGUUGUCAGUCAGUGUAAACUUUGUUUUGUAGGAAAAUACAAAACUUCAAAUAAAUCCAAGCACUUACUGUGAAUAACCAGA